UCCUGUGGCGCCUUAAAGUCAGGAUCGAAGCUCCGUAGUUACAUUGCUCCAAUAUCGCUUGCUUUUGCAGCGCUGGAAAUUGGAUUUGGAAUGACCCGAGCUGACUGACUAAUGGCUCGUUCUGUAGCGUAAAAAGCCUCCUGCUCCAUUCUCUGGAUGACAUCAUGGCUCUGUGUAGGUCAAGUGUACGUCGGAAUGCCAGGACUGGACCUCUGAACUCACAGGGCCCGCACAUCUACCCAGCCAGCCUGGCUUAGAUGGAGACGAGCCCGCUUUUACACAUCUGAUCCGAGCACUAGAACUGAAAGGGGGGAAGAAUUUCACCCAUCAUGCAGGGGAGGCCCAGGCAGGCCCAGCAUCAGCAGCCAGGAUGCCCAUUACCCAAGAGAACGCACUGAGCCACCUUCCUCUACUUGAGAGCUGGCUGCAGGUUCACGCCAGGGACCAGGAGCAGGACCAGGAGGAUGAGUGUCGGACGAAUGCGGGCGACAACGCUCCGUGCCUCGCCGCGGUCCGCAAGCUGGUCGAGUACAUCCAGCUGAACUUCACGGACUGCGAAAGCCGCACCUGCAAUGGCGGAAUCAAAGAGGAAGCGGACGUAGAGUUGAGGGCGGUGUGGAUGAGCAAAGCCGCCGAAGACGAGCCGGAGUUCGGUCUCAGCUUCGGUAACAUUCCCAUCUUCGGGGAUCCAGAGGGGAAGAAGAAGGUAAGGCGCCGGCGCCGGAAGAGCGACAAGGGUCCUGUGUUGGAUGUAGGGUGCAUAUGGGUUACCGAGGUGAAAAAGAGGAGCCCGGCGGCCUGCUGCGGCGACAUUAAGCUGCGGGAUGAGUUGCUGUCGCUCAACGGACAGCUGAUGGUUGGAGUGGACGUCACUGGAGCCAGCUACCUGGCGGACCAGUGCUGGAAUGGCGGCUGCAUCUACCUGAUCAUGUUGCGGAGGAUCAAGCGCAAGGCCCCCGUCCCUCCGUGCAAUGGCAGCGCCGGCUGCGCAGAAUCUCCCAGCCAUCAUUGCGUCAGCGUCAAGUCGGAGUCCGCAUGCAACAGCCCCACGCGGAACGGCAAACGGACUCGCAAGUUCGGCGUCAUCUCCCGCUCCUCUUUCAGCCGAGACAGCAAGGAGAGCAACGACAGUCGAAACUGUGGGCACGAGAACGGCUACGCUUCUGAGGCCACGGCCUCGGGGGACAGCACACCGACUGAGGACAGUCCUGCCUUAGGCCCCGGAAGCACCACCACUCUGCCUGUUCGCUCAAACUCAUGCCUGGCAGAGAGCUUCAGGACUCAGGAUCAAAGGAAUGAACCAUCCAGUCAGACCAGAGAGAGCAGUAAUAUCUGGAAGAUGCACAUGCUGAAGGGCCGAGAUGGACUGGGCAUCCAGAUCACAGGUGGCCGCGGCUCGAAACGUUCUCCACACGGCAUUAUUGUAGCCCACGUAGAGAAGGGCGGAGCUGCACAAAGGGAUGGACGAUUGAAGACAGGAGAUGAGCUGCUGAUGAUCAACGGUCACUCUUUGGUUGGCCUCUCGCAUCAGGAGGCAGUUGCUGUCCUCCGUUCUGCUGCAGGGCUUGUGGAGCUGGUGGUGGCCAGCAGGAAUGAAUCUGAAGUGGACUUCCACAAGUACCCAUCGAGCAGCCUGCCUGAUCUAGUGAGCACAUGCUCAGCUCAGAGCUCUCCACCCUCCCCGGGGGACGAGAAAGAUAACAUGGUGCCGGACGCGGAGGACAUGAGGGCCAGCAGCCUCUCGUUGCCCACACAUGACUCGUUCACAGAGCUGGAUAAGCUGGAUGAGCAUAGUCGAACUGAAGGACCCAAAGGCUGCUGCCGCAGUCCGACGCCUAUGAAAUUUCGCAGCCGAUCUCAAGGUGGCAGCCGUCUGGAGUCUGUUGGAGAAGACGAUGAAUUAAUAGUUGAAAAUGGUGAAGCAGGAGGUGCUGCAGCAGACAAACCGGCACAUGGUGGACGGAAACAUUCCCUCCCACAGCAGCUGGACACAGUAGGAAUCCGACAUGAGUAUCAAAUCGUGAAGAAAUCAACACGUUCCCUAAGUACUGUUCAAGUGGAAUCACCAUGGCGACUGGCCCAGCCGUCUAUUAUCUCCAACAUCGUCCUGAUGAAAGGACAUGGAAAGGGUCUGGGCUUUAGUAUUGUCGGAGGUCAAGAUUCUGCCCGAGGCAGGAUGGGAAUAUUCGUCAAGACCAUUUUUCCCAACGGAGCUGCAGCAGCAGAUGGUAGACUUAAAGAGGGAGAUGAGCUAUUAGAGGUAAAUGGAGAAUCUCUUCAAGGCCUCACACAUCAGCAGGCCAUUCAGACCUUCAAGCAACUGAAAAAAGGAGUAGUUACACUAACAGUGCGUACACGGCUGAGAAGUCCAAGCCUGACUCCGUGCCCGACACCAACCCUGCUCAGCCGAUCCAGUUCACCCAACUCUAACGUCAGUAGUGGCACACCCUUACCUUCAGGCUUUGAUGAAGGAGACUACCGCAAAGGACCCGGCCCUAAAGAUCGCAUCGUUAUGGAGGUCACACUUAAUAAAGAGCCCGGUGUGGGGUUGGGGAUUGGUGCCUGCUGUUUAACGCUAGAGAACAGUGCUCCUGGGAUCUACAUUCACAGUUUGGCUCCAGGAUCCGUCGCCAAGAUGGAUGGCAGACUCAGUCGAGGCGACCAAGUCCUGGAAGUAGACUCCGUAAGUCUCCGCCACGCUGCACUUAGUGAGGCCUACGCUAUUUUGAGCGAGUGCGGACCUGGCCCAGUGAGCCUCAUCAUAAGCCGACAUCCAAACCCCAAGGUGUCAGAGCAGGAGAUGGAUGAGGCAAUCUCACGCUCUACUCACAGGGAUCAUAUGAGCAGUCAUUCCUGCUACACUCUGGGAAUACCAUCCAAGAGUCCUUCACCCACAGUAAAGGCCAGGCAGGUUGAGGGCAACAACCACGCCCUCAGCUGGACCAUGAAAAGAUUCUUAGAGCCAGCAAGCCGGCAAACCUCUCUAAGUUCUGAGGCUGAACUCUCUCAGUACUUCUCACACGAUGUUCCCAGCCAGUCGUCUCUGUCAGAAUCCACAGCAAUAGGCUCUAGUGAUGAUGACAUGCUUCACAACAGCAGAAGCUGCAAUACAUCACUGGAUGAGCCAACAGCGCCUCAUUUGCAUGCUUAUAAAGACUGUGACCCCUGUGUGGAUGGUACUCCUUCAUCCAGAGAAAGCUGUGAGAAUUUCUCCGGUCCCGUUUGCCAAACCACAGAGCGACAGGCCAGCGUUGGCAGCAGCCCCAGCUCAGUCCGUAGCCCACUCCUGCGUCAGCGCCCUGUCAUUUGCUAUGAAGACGAGCCCAGUGAUGAAGACGAAGAUACCGGAUCCUUUUGCCAAUUAAAAGGUGGCAUCGCCAAUGGUACACGUCAGCAGGAAGAGGACUCUGGCAUCGCUGUGGUUAGUUCUUCUCUGGAAGCAGAUGACGAGAGUCAGCACAGUUCGCUGGAGUCGGUGGAGGGACGUGCCAAUUGCGCAGAGCUGACCCUUAUUCCCGCUUGUUGCCAGGAGCAGAACACGAGAAAAGAGGCCAAGCGUUCACCCAAGCUAGAGCACAAAGCCGUGACGCGUGUGAAGAGCAUGAUGAGCAUCGAAUGUCCAAACCAUGUACAGAAAGCCAAACCUGAGGAUUCCACUGCAGCUCCUACAGGUGGCCCGGCUCAUGUUAGCCAAAGAGGGCGAGCCCAACACCACUGCAGGAAAGGCGAGCUUAGUGAGCUGGCAGGCAUGUGCACUAUUGAGACUGUGGUUCUGAAGCGCACUGAGUCGGAGUCUUUUGGACUGGAUCUAGAGAUCAAGUCAAAUCCUCUAAAGGUCCUGAUAACCGGACUGAAGCCCGGAGGAGCAGCUGAAAGGGAAGCCAAGGGCAGACUGAGUGUGGGGGAUGAAAUUGUAGCCAUUGGCGACACCCCGGUGUGUACCUCUUCCUAUCAGGAGAUCUGUGACUUGAUGCAUGGCUUACCAAUCACACUGACUUUGGAGGUUAAGAAGCCAGUCUCAGCUGUAGAUCGACUGUGUAGUUUAAUGACGUCUUCUGGCUGUGAGCGGUCAACUAGAAUGGAAUCUGCAGCUGCUCCAGAGCAGAAAACGAGCAUGGACCAAACUGGGGUUGCAUUUGUAGAAACAGAAAAUUCCUGUACAGAACCAAACCAUAAACCAGAAGAAGAAAUCCCCACCAACGAGGUUGCUGUCAGUAAUAUCGAUGACGUUGUGACUGAUAUUUUAAACAACGAAAGAUCCAAAUCAGAUUCCACAGACGUUGCAAAAACGAUGACAACUACAGGUUCAGUAGAGACCAGCAACCCAGGACCAAAGGAGCAACCAAAUCCUCUGGAUUUCUCUAUUUUAGAUUCAGAGAACAAAGGUUGCCUUUUACCAGUGGGAAAGACAUUUCUGAACAGUUACUCCCGGAACUAUAGUCAGCUCCUAAAUGAAAACGCAGACCUUUCUGUGAAAGGAUGUGAAGAGCACCCGAGCAUGUAUAAUAUGCUUGAUGAAAGUGAUACUGAGACCGACUCCGCCACUGAUAGUUCAGCAAAGAAUAAAACAGCACAAAACAACUGUGAAGAACUUCAAGAUACUGACUCUGAUGAGGAAGUUGAGCUGUGUUACAGCACCGUUUCUGACCCUCAAUCCAAUCAACAAACUGACUGUUCGGUCUCUCUAAAGCAGGAUAUCUUAAGAAACCAAGCUGGGAAUAAGGUAGGUGCUGCGGAGGUUCUUCAAAGCAUACCUUCUCCCCUAGAUGAUGUGGACUCAAAGACAGAACAUCUGUCCUCUAACCUCACUGAGUCCCGGAGUCUGAUCCAUCAUGAGCCCUUUAAUUCAGAGCCUUCAGAUGAGACAGUGUUGUGUUUGCAGAGAACGUCAAGCUCAGAGCCAUCUGAAAGUAAAUUGGAGAAUGUCGAAAAGGUUUUGGUGCCUGCUACAAGUCCACCGUUCCUCUCAGGUUCACCCAGAGCUAUUGAAAUACCAGUCACGUCAGCCGAGCAAGAUUUUGCAAGUACUGAAUUCAGCGGCAAAUCAUCAAGUACACCGACUAAGGAUAAAGAGAAAAUAAAAACACCCUCCAGCCCUGACUACAAAUUCCAGUCUAAAUCCACUACUAAUAGAGCUGUGGAAGACAAGCCUCUGAACAACACCCCUGUCUCACCUCUUUUAAGUAGCAGGUUCAGGCAAGAGGAGAAAUCAAGCAAACUUAAAGGAUUAAGUAUUAAAAGUAAAUGCAACGGACAGGAGCAACCAGUGUGUAGGCCUGCCAGCCCGUUGUUAAAGAAAUCCAACUGCUCACCCAUUCAUUCCCCUAAAUUAGCAUCUAAAAGGAUUACCCCUGCAGCUAAUCAAAUGGCCAGCUUCCUAGAGAAGAGUAGUUCGAUCAUUAAAGUAGGGGAUCAAAACCAACAGAAUGGGAAUCAAACCAUAAAAGGAAGUGACUCUGUGAGGUCUGAACACGAUGAUGGAACAAAGCCGUCAAUAUCGAAAAGUGAGGCAAGCUCAAAACAAAGGACUUUCAUUGAGGUGCGACUCUCAUCAUCAUCUUCAUCAUCAGCACCAGUCCUUACAUGCCGGGAAUCUUCAGGUAGCAAUAAUUUAAGAGACAGCCCAUUGCAUGAAGAAUCAGCACCAAAACUCACUUCAGAUACUGUUAUUUCCCUAAAGUCAUCUGUGUCUAGACCAGAGUUGAAUAAUUGCAUUGAAAGCCCAACUGAGCCUACAGAAUUAUUUCAAAAUGAUUUCAAGGUAAAUACAACCACUGCAGAAUCAACAAGUUAUAAAGCAGGCAGAUCUAAACUCUACCACAGAGCCCUGGAUCGAAGGAGUUACUCCAUGGGUGGCAGACCUCAAGACCCCAAACCAUUUUCUGUUAGACAAAGAAUCAAGUCAUUUGAAAACCUGGCCAGUUUUGGACCAGUUAUGAGAUGUAUUGACAUCCACUCUUACGCUGUGAGCUCCAAGACCUCUUUUGACAGGAGGCGGUCUGCUAACACGACCUCAGUUAGCGCCCAGUCCACAGAUAGUUGCUCUCUGAAGAGGAGUCUUAGCUCCUGUGUGGCUACUUCGAACUCCUCUUCUUCACUACAGCCACAAAAUUCCUUUUCCAGUUUGGUUCUAAACAGCUCAGAGCCAGCAAGAGAAAAGCCACCAGUUGAGGACGCUGUUUCUCAACCCAGUCCAGUAUUACACACUCCACCGGUGCUGCGCUCCCGCAAUGCCCGUGCCAGUAAUGGGAUGUCACGUUCGAAACUAAGGGAACUAAGGGCACUUAGCAUGCCUGAGCUUGAUAAGUUAUGCAUUGAAGACUUCUCCCAAGACCCAGGCAAUAUCAUGUUUAAGACAGAGCUGGAAAUCCACCCUACAAGACAAACAACAUGCACUAUGGUGACCAGGAUGAGGAUGGUUGAUCCUGGGAUGCCUGAAACAAUUACCAAUGGGGACCAUGGUCAGGAGCAAACUGGAGGACAUUCAAGUUGGUCCAUUAGUAUGAAAGACUUAUUAUCCUCUCCACUGGACCAGAGCAAGGUGCAAACAGCUCUAAAUUCCCUCCCGGCCACUACGGACGUGAAGAAUCUGAUGGAGGAAGUGAACAGUGUUUCAGAGGGUAAAGAGGAUGUUUACGUUGUGGUCUUGAUGAAGGAAGUGGGCUCUGGACUUGGCUUCAGCAUCGCAGGAGGGGUGGACCUGGAGCAGAAAUCAGUCACUGUCCAUCGGGUCUUCACUCAAGGGGUGGCGGGGUUGGAAGGUACCAUCUUACGAGGGGAUGCUGUGUUAUGCAUAAAUGGAAAAAGUCUGCAUGGGACAACUCAUGGCGAGGCUCUGUCCUGUCUCCAUCAAACCAGGCUCGCCGGUCAAGCAGUCGUGGUCAUCCAGAGAAGCAAGAACAGUGAGCCUGUGUCUCCCAGACAGGAACUCCCUUUAAAAUAUGGAUCACAUGUUUCUCCAACUCAUCAACAGAGAAACAGAGAAAACGAAGCAGCUGUGGAAGUUGGGCCAGAUGGAGCAUUAAGUGUUGAGCUGAUGAAGACCUCAGCAGGCCUGGGUUUCAGCUUAGAGGGGGGCAAAGCUUCAGUUCACGGUGACCGCCCCCUUUACAUCAAACGUAUUUUCAGAGGAGGUGCUGCUGAACUGUCCCAUGUUAUCGACGUUGGAGAUGAACUUCUAGCCAUCAAUGGCAAGUCCUUGCAGGGCCUGAUGCAUUACGAUGCCUGGAACAUCAUAAAGACAGUUUCGGACGGCCCUAUCCAGUUAGUCAUUAGAAAACCCCGCACCUCAGUAUGACGUCUGAGGGACUGUUUGCAGGACCGAUGUGAACGAUCUGCAUGUGAAGCCGGUGCCAAACUGUUGUACAUAUUGAGCGCUGCUAUUGCCAUUACUUUUUAGACUUGAUUUUUUUCUAACGUCACUCUUUGAGGAUUCACUGCGCUCAUGGCAUUUCUACUGAGAAACUAGCUGGUAGCGUAGCAGGUACUUGUACAGUGUACUUAACAGCUGAUUAUCAUGUUUUCUCUUCUUUCCAUGUUCACACAGGAAUAAUGGAGCUUCGUUUAAAAGAGCUUACUCGUGAAUUUCCUGUUUAUAGGUUAAUUGUAGGUUUUUCAAAGCAGCGUCCUACCAAAGUAUGUUUGACUUUAAGCUCUAACUUGUACAGGUUUUAUACAUUACGUUAGCGGAGCUUUUAGCGGGGCUAUGGGAUGGCCGGGUGUGUGUAAAGGGGGAUGUCCGAAGCCCCGCAAUGAAUUGGGGCCCUGUUUAGGAUAUUUCUGCAGUGGCUAAUUCCCUUUAUUUCCUUCUUAACCCUUUAAGUACUAAAGCCUGAAAGUGACCCUUUGGACACACUGUAAUUUUUUAUCUGUAAAAAUGUGUAAAUACAAUAUUAAUAGGUGUUUCAAAUUCUUUCUUAGCAUAACCCUUUACAUGUUAACG